AGUCGGACCAGUUUAACUAGUCUCCGACAACUUGACCGGUACCCUCAGCCUACUCUCUUUCUACACGACCAUGAGUUCCCACGAUAACGAGGAACUUAUUGAACUUCAUCAGGAUAAGCACGAUGUCAUCCCUAAUGGCACAGCUCUAGCUGUUACUGUCAACGAGGCAGCGGCGUCGGCAGCAGACGGCGAGGGCGACAACAACACUGAGAAUAAAAUUUCCGGCUUCAGGGAUUUCGUGCUGAGCCCUGAACUCCUGCAAGAGGUCAUAGACAAGGGCUUGGACUUUGAGGUUCCGACCGUAGGUGAGUAUGCUUCGGUAUGGUGUUCUGAACCCACUUAUUCGACAAGUCCAACAUGAAUGCAAAGCUCGGGCUUUUCUAAGAAGGCACGGUCUCGGUCAGUCAGGGCACGGUAAGACGGCAAUUUUGCAUCCUAAUUACUAAGAUAACAUGUGGAAUAGAGCACUGAGAAGUUGUCAGAGUGACUUGGGAAUGGCUUCUUUGAUGGUCACCUUGUGGUCACCAACUCUUCAGGUACAUUGCAAAGACUUGCAUAUCUAGCGCUCCGUCGAAUUGGUACAACGUUGCUUGCAUUGUUGAUGUAUCAACUUCUUUGAAUGAGACAAAGUUGGCCUGCGGAACUCUCAACCAUCGUGGUGCUCCAC